AUGAGAGUGAACGAGAGCGAUCUGAACAGCUCCGUCAUCACUCGGGACCCCCCGUCCGAGGGCGUCCCGCGCCGCCCGCCGUGGGUGACCUCCACCUUGGCUGCCAUCCUCAUCUUCACCAUCGUGGUGGACCUGUUGGGCAAUCUCCUGGUCAUUAUCUCCGUCUACCGCAACAAGAAGCUACGGAACGCGGGAAAUGUGUUUGUUGUAAGCCUGGCAGUUGCAGACUUGGUUGUAGCAAUCUACCCAUAUCCACUGGUGCUCACAUCUGUAUUUCACAAUGGAUGGAAUCUGGGAUACCUUCAGUGCCAGAUUAGUGGCUUCUUGAUGGGCCUAAGUGUCAUUGGAUCAAUCUUCAAUAUUACAGGCAUCGCUAUCAAUCGGUACUGCUAUAUCUGCCACAGUCUCAAAUAUGACAAGCUGUACAGCAACAAGAAUUCAUUGUGCUACGUUGUUCUUAUCUGGGUCCUAACAUUUGUUGCUAUCGUGCCCAACCUUUUUGUGGGAUCACUGCAGUAUGACCCCAGGAUUUACUCAUGUACAUUUGCACAAUCAGUGAGCUCAGCAUAUACAAUAGCAGUUGUGUUUUUCCAUUUCCUGCUCCCCAUAGCCAUUGUUACUUUCUGUUACUUGAGAAUAUGGAUCCUUGUUAUUCAGGUAAGGCGAAGGGUUAAACCAGAUAACAACCCCAGGCUGAGACCACAUGACUUUAGAAACUUUGUAACCAUGUUUGUGGUAUUUGUGUUGUUUGCAGUCUGCUGGGCUCCUUUGAACUUUAUAGGCCUUGCUGUGGCUGUCAACCCAGAGGCUGUAAUCCCUAGGAUUCCAGAGUGGUUGUUUGUAACUAGUUAUUACAUGGCAUAUUUCAACAGCUGCCUUAAUGCUAUAAUAUAUGGACUCCUGAACCAGAACUUCAGAAGAGAAUACAAGAGAAUUAUUGUCACUUUUUGUACAGCAAAAAAUUUUUUCCAGGAUAGUUCUAAUGAUGUGGGAGACAGGAUGAAAAGUAAACCUUCUCCAUUAAUUACGAACAACAAUCAAGUGAAGGUGGACUCUGUGUAAAAAUGGGA